AUGCCGGCCAAUAAAGUAUCUCUGGAAGAGGGUGUCUCGCCCGUCGAAAACCUCGAAGGAGGCGUCGAUCAACGAGACGCGCGUUCAAUUGGCCCGUCACAGGAUGUCUCCAUAGACCCGGAGUCGGAUGACAACGUACCCGUUGAAGCAGAAGAGCUCCAAGAGGCCUUGACGCGACCUCCACCGGUGAACAGCAGCUAUCUGCCCCUCCCUUGGAAGGGCCGAUUAGGCUAUGCCUGUUUGAAUACCUACUUGCGGUAUUCAACCCCACCGGUUUUCUGCUCUCGUACGUGUCGCAUCGCCUCUAUUCUAGAAAACCGGCACCCACUAUUGGAUCCAUCCCAGCCUCCUCAUCCAACAAAGAAUCGGCCGGAUCGCUCCGAGCCCGCGGAUGUCGCGCGUGGUCAGGCUUUUGUCGAGUCCUUGGGGCUUGCUAACGCCCAUGAUGUUGCCAAGAUUCUGCGUUGGAAUGACCGCUAUGGUAUCAAGUUCAUGCGAUUAAGUAGCGAGAUGUUUCCUUUUGCCAGUCAUAAGGAGUAUGGAUACAAGCUAGCUCCUUUUGCUGCCGAUGUCCUCGGCGACACCGGGCGGGUUAUCGCAGAGCUAGGCCAUCGCGUGAGUGUACACCCUGGUCAGUUCACGCAAUUGGGCACCCCGAAAGAGGAAGUUGUCGAGAGCUCCAUCCGAGACCUAGAGUAUCACUCGGAGAUGUUGCAGCUUCUCCGUCUACCGCCCCAGCAGGACCGUGACGCUGUCAUGAUUCUCCAUAUGGGUGGCGUUUUUGGUGACAAGGAAGCCACCCUCGAUCGAUUCCGACAGAACUAUAAGAAUCUGUCGCAAGACAUCAAGAACAGACUUGUCUUGGAGAAUGACGACGUGAGCUGGUCAGUGCAUGACCUGUUACCCAUUUGCGAGGAGCUUAACAUCCCGCUUGUUCUGGAUUUCCAUCACCACAACAUCAUCUUCGAUUCAAGUCAGCUUCGCGGAGGGACGUUGGACAUCAUGCAGCUCUUCGACAGGAUCAAGGCUACCUGGACUCGAAAGAACAUCACGCAAAAAAUGCAUUACUCCGAACCAACCCCGGCCGCCAUCACGAAUCGCGAACGUCGGAAACAUCGAGAUCGUGUUACCGCCCUUCCGCCCUGCGAUCCUACUAUGGAUUUGAUGAUCGAGGCCAAAGACAAAGAACAGGCCGUCCUGGAACUGAUGCGGAUAUAUAAACUUCCUGGUCAUGAGCUUUCGAAUGAUAUUACACCCCACGUCCGAACUGACGAGAAUAAGCUUUAUAAGCCCCCGCGCAAGACCAAAAAAGACGGUGGCUUUGUUGAUCUCGAUGGCCUGGUUCCACCCCUACAGAAUAUUCCUGAGGAAGAGAUUGGCAUGGGAGGCCCUGAAGGCAGGGUUUAUUGGCCACCCGGAAUGGAGGAAUGGCUCCGACCCAAAAAGGUCAUUCGGACUAAGACGACCAAGAGUCCUGCCAAACCGCGAGCAUCCAGAAAGAAUGAUGGGAACGUUGGGCCUACACAAGAGAAUGGAGACGCCGACAAUAAUAGCACCCCCGCGACGCCCGAGCCCAAGAAGACCACGCGGGCCCCGCGUACUUCCAGCGCAAAGAAGUCGACCACAAGAAAGCGCAAAGCUUCUGUGGAGUUGACCCCUUCUGCUUCAGAUGAAGAGGUACCACCUGAGACGCCCAAAGCUUCUACAUCACGGAGUUCUGGCACUCGACGAAGUACUCGAGUAAAGCAGGUCAACUAUGCCGAAGAAAGUGGAUCAGCAUAG